UCGGCAAAGUUUUAACUGUUUGAACUGUGUAUUUUCAAUGAGUGCAUGGCUUGUGUGUUAACGUCGUCCGUCCCGGAGCCGCUAAUGAAAACUCGAAGUGACUGUCACCUUUCAGGCUUCCAUGCUGCAUGAAAACAGCUUUGCUAACUGUGUUCUGUGUUAGCUUCGUUGAAUGAGCGCUUUGCUGCGUUAGCUGAUAGCAAUUCGAGCAGAAGUCCCACCGUUAGAGCUCUACGAAGCAUGGGUGGUAAUGGUGGCCGUCCCGACGGUGCUGGGACUAGCCUCCAUCCGUGUGUACACCGUGAAUGAAGUGCCCGCUGAUGGGCUGGUUACUAGAGAAAGGCUGAACAUCUACACACCACUGCCACAGUCCCCUCAGGUUAAGUUUGUUCCAGAGAGUCCGGGGAUUAUUGAGAGUGGGCUAACCGCAGCCAGAGAGGGCGUACUACCAUUUGUCCUGGCGGUGAAGGGUACCUGUGUCUCUGUGAAAAGGGGAAGUGUUAAUCUUUACCAUACAGGACAGGAUGUAUAUUAUUACUUGAAAGACCCUCCCCCAGGCUUUCUACCCAGAUUUGGCACCAUCACCAUGGCUGGCCUGCUUGGCAUGUUCUUGGCAAGGAAAGGCUCUCAAUUCAAGAGGGUCGCUGUCCCACUGGGCCUGAUGAGUGCAGGAGCGUCAGUGUGCUACCCAGCUCAAGCUGUGGCUGUAUUUAAGGUGACAGGUAAGAAGGUGUAUGCUGCAGGGCAGUGGAGCAGUGCUGCAGUAUCUUCACUGUUUACCCCCAAGGAGCCUGUUGCCAAAGAGAUUGUUGCUCCACUGCCACAGUCAGCUACAGUACCAAAUCCAGAACCCCCCAGUUCACCUACAGAGACGUUAGCGAAGAGCUCUACAAUUUCGGAGACUGAGGUGGAAUCAGCUGACUCUGCUCCCAUCUCCGAAGAGCCCGUUGCUGCUGUCAAAACAGAGGAAGAGUCAUCAGUAACGCUCACAGAAAUAUCCCCCGACCAAGCCCCAACAGAGACCAGCACAGCUCCUUUGGCAAAUUCUGUGCCAGUAGAAACAGAGACCUCUCCCCUCUCUGGAGCAUUACCAGACCCUGUUGAAAGUGUGGAAGCCUCCGAUGCAAAACCAGCAGCAGAGGAUGUCUCCACUGACACAAGCCCAGCCGAGCCCACAGCGAGCUCAGAGCCGGAGACAAUAGAGGUGGCUCCAGUCGAGUCGGUUCCAGUUGAACCUUCUCCAGUCGAGUCUGUUCCAGUCGAGUCUGUUCCAGUCGAGUCUGUUCCUGUCGAAUCUGUUCCAGUCAAGUCUGUUCCAGUUGAGUCUGUUCCGGUCGAAUCUGUUCCAGUCGAGUCUGUUCCAGUUGAGUCUGUUCCGGUCGAAUCUGUUCCAGUCGAGUCUGUUCCAACCGAGUCUGCUGAAGUCGAGUCUGUUCCUUCCAUUGAAGAACCAUCUGCUCCGAAGGCCUCAGACGAGCCAGCAGAGCCAGUUGUUGAAUCAGCUGAGCCCGGACCUGCUGCUGAACCUGCUGUGGAGAAGACACCGAUCCUGACGCUCCCACUACCACCUCUUGAACAGCCUGCCGCAGAAAACAGCAAAGAGGGCUCUGGUUUCAAGCCAGACCCUUCUCUCAUGGACUUCGGCCAGUCCAACCCUGAGGACGAAGACUUGUACAGCACACGCAGCUGAGAGACCACAGGAGAAACCUCAUUCCACACACUGCCAUCUUCUAUCUGAUCCAAAUUGACAAACACUCUGUAUCAUUAUGCAGCGUAAAUAGGCCGUUUUGGAAGCGAGCGCAUUUAGAAAGACUUUAAUCAACAUUUCCAUUCUCUUUUCAUCUGCCCACAUCAGUUCUGGUUCCACAGAAAACAUCCAAGUAUAUUUGCAUUGUAGCAGCAGUGCAGUGAAUUCCGGUACACAUGACUGAAUUGGUUUGUGUGAGACAGAAACCUGGAAAAAAAAAAAAAAAACUACACCCACAAGCCUUUGAUAUCACAAAUGGCAGAUUGUGAAAUUUUCUCUGUUCGUGUCAUUGAACAAUUGCUGGAUUUUUCAGCUACAGCUUCACAGUCAUGAAUGCAUGGUGCUUUUAUUUAUUGUAAUUUAGCCCAGUGCAUUGUAAACAGAAAGUUCUGUACAUGUGCUGAUAAUGAUUGCAAGAUGGACUAGUGCUGAUCCGUUUUGUUACAUCAGAAAUUGUCUUCACUUGUUGAGUUAGGAACUCUAAAUAAAUCUAUAUUUUUCAUGAACUAA